AUGUCAGCGGAUCCCGGAAUCAGUAGAUAUUUUGCGACUCGAGGGGGUCGUGUCGUCGCGACGAUCAAAAUCGGCGAGGAGGAGUACGCGGCGACACUCGACACCGGUGCUACCCGAUCUUUCAUCAGUGGUGCCUGCGAGGCAAAGGUGGCGAAGAACGUGGAGAUUAGGGAGGCGCAAACUAGGAUACGGCCAGCGGACGGCUCUGGGCUAGAUGUCGCGCGGAUGAUGCACGCGGAAAUCAGCUUAGCGGGUCGCACGAUCGGCGUGCCUCUACUAAUAAUGGCGUCAAUGGUAGACCAGGUGAUUCAAGGCAUGGACUUUCUCCACGCGAUAGGCACCAGGAUACGAUGUGGAGACAGCGAGAUGACGCUGAGAACGCCAGAGAGACUGGGAAUUAGGGAAGGGGCGACUGGUUGCCCUGCGGAGGCGAUCCCGGAGGCGAGGGUGCCAGUGGAGCCGCGGUUGCACAGCAAUGUGUCCAAAAUGCCGUUAGUGGCGCGGUCAGACAACACGGGUGUGCCUAAAGGGCCAGGGGUUAGGGUAAAAGGGCAGGCGUUGACAGAGGUCAGCAGUGGAGGGAUUCGGGGCCUACGCGUGGAUCAGCACCUAAAAGCGCGAUGCUGGGAAGGGUGGAUGGAUCCAGCGGGCAGGAGGAUCAACCACGCACCUCAGAAGGAGUCGGGAAUUAGUCACGAGGUUAGUAGCGGUGAAGGGUGUGGGGAGGAGGGACCCAACAGCGAGCACAGCAGAUAUGAAGCCAAGCCUGCAGGUGCUUCUGGAGGCGGAGUUGGCGCGAUUCGAGGGCUGAAGGGCGAGUCCCACAUAGCCAGCCAUCGUAUUGUGAUGAAGGACAACGAGCCCAUCAAGCAGAGGUACUACCCGAGGAACCCGGUGAUGCAGCGCGUCAUCGGCGAGCAGAGCACCUACGCGCGAGUGCUGCGCUACAAAUCGACGCUGGAUCUGAAGCAAGGAUAUUGGCAGAUACCCAUGGAAGAAUGGAGCAGGCAGUAUACCACGUUUACGUUUCCAGGACGGAAACUAAAGCAGUGGAAGGUGAUGCCCAUCGGUCUGCACUCGGCGUGCGCCACAUUCCAGAGGGCAUUGGAUUCGGUGAUAGGGCCGCAAAUGGAGCCCCACGCUUUCGCCUAUCUGGAUGACAUCAUCGUCAAAGGCGCGACCAAGGAGCAGCAUGUGGCCAAUAUGAAAGAAGUGUUACGACGGCAGGGGGAAGCGAACUUGAGGCUAAUCAGGGAGAAAUGCGGGUUCUUCCGGAAAGAGCUGGGGUAUUUGGGGCAUGUGGAGCUGCGGCAAUGCCUGGGGAUGGCCUCGUGGUAUCGACGCUUCGUGACCAAUUUUGGGUCGGUGGUGCAGCCGAUGACCGCUUUCCUGAAAAAGGAGAAGGCAUGGUCGUGGGGCGUAGAGCAGCAGGAUGCGUUGGAACAGCUCAAGGAGCGACUCACGACAGCGCCGAUCUUCGCAUGCCCGGAUUUCAGCAAGUAA